AUGGCCCUGUCCGACCUCCUAGUCGACAUCCUCACCAAUCCACGGCAUACAAAAUGGAUGGCCCCUCUGCUGCUCCUCGGCGAUGCAGCCCUGUGCGCGCUGGUUAUCUGGAAGAUAUCCUACACCGAGAUUGACUGGACAACCUACAUGCAACAGGUCUCGCUCUACAUCUCCGGAGAACGCGAUUACACCCUGAUCAAAGGCUCGACCGGCCCACUCGUCUACCCCGCCGCCCACGUCUACAUCUACACGCUCCUCUACCACCUCACCGAUGAAGGGCGCGAUAUCCUGGUUGGCCAGAUACUGUUCGCGGGGCUGUACCUGUCGACUCUGGUCGUCGUGUUGGGUUGCUACAGGCACGCCGGUGCGCCGCCGUACCUGUUCCCGCUGCUCGUCCUGUCCAAACGCCUGCACAGCAUCUUCGUGCUGCGCUUGUUCAAUGAUGGUGUCGCCGCGUUCGCUAUGUGGUUGGCUAUCUAUCUCUAUCAAAAGCGCAAGUGGACCGCUGGCGUUGCGGUGUGGUCUGCCGGCGUGGCGGUCAAGAUGACGCUCGUUCUGCUCGUGCCGGCGAUUGCGGUGCUCACGCUGCUCAGUCUGGGGUUGACGCGCAGUGUCGCGUUGGGGGCUAUGGCAGUUCUGAUCCAGGUUGGUGUCCUGCUCGCGGUGCCUUUCCUCCAAGCCAAUCCUACGGGCUAUCUCUCGCGCGCGUUCGAGCUCUCCAGGCAAUUCUUGUUCAAAUGGACGGUGAAUUGGCGAUUCGUCGGCGAAGACACAUUUCUCUCGAAGGAAUUCUCUCUAGCCUUGCUGGUCCUCCACGUCUCCCUGCUGGCUAUCUUCUCCGCCUCCUGGGUAAGGCCCUCCGGCACCAAUAAUGUGUUCCGCUGGGCACAGGGCCUUCUCCAAGGCCGCCAGCAACCAAUCGCCCUCUCCAAAUCCUUCAUUAUGACCGUCACACUGAGCUCGCUGGUCAUUGGCUUGCUCUGUGCUCGGUCCCUGCACUACCAGUUCUUCGCCUAUUUGUCAUGGGCCACCCCGUUUCUGCUUUGGCGGACGGGCCUCCACCCGGUUCUUGUGUAUGUCGUUUGGGCACUGCAGGAGUGGGCUUGGAAUGUCUAUCCCAGCAGCAACGUGAGUUCGGCGGUGGUAGUCUUGUCGCUCGGUGUCCAGGUGUUGGGGGUGUGGUUGAAUGGGUCGAGCGAGGUAGAUAAUGGUGGUCCUCGGAAAGAGCUCAUUCAAUAA